CGGUCGGUCUGUGUGUGUGCGUCGCUCUUUCCUUUCCGACCCCUUUCUCCCUCCGCCCCGGUGCCGUGUCUGUUCUGUGGCCCACGUGCGGAUUAAUUCGGUUUUUCACGCCAAAGCUCGCGGUAAAAGUUUGGACCAAAUGUCGUCGUCUUUCGAGCAGAUGAGGGCGAACGUGGGGAAGCUCCUGCGGGGCAUCGACAGGUACAACCCAGAAAACCUUGCAACGCUGGAGCGUUACGUGGAGACACAAGCCAGAGAAAACGCCUACGACCUGGAGGCCAACCUGGCCGUCCUGAAGCUGUACCAGUUCAACCCGGCGUACUUCCAGACUCAGGUGACCUCCCAGAUUCUGCUGAAGGCGCUGACCAACCUGCCACACACCGACUUCACUCUGUGCAAGUGCAUGAUCGACCAGACUCACCAGCAAGAGGAACGCCCCAUCAGACAGAUCCUCUACCUGGGGAACCUGCUGGAGACGUGCCACUUCCAGAGCUUCUGGACGAGUCUUGAGGAGAACAGAGAACUCAUCGAUGGCAUUACUGGUUUUGAGGACUCUGUUCGCAAGUUCAUCUGCCACGUCGUCGGCAUCACCUACCAGACCAUCGAGCACCGGUUACUGGCUGAGAUGCUGGGAGACCCGCUGGACACGCAGGUGAAGGUUUGGAUGAAUAAGUACGGCUGGACGGAGAAUGAGGAAGGACAAAUCUUCAUCUUCAACCAGGAGGAGAGCGUCAAGCCCAAAAACAUCGUGGAGAAGAUCGACUUUGAGAGUGUUUCCAGCAUCAUGGCCACAUCUCAGUGAUACACACACGCUCACACACACACUCACACUCACACACACAUCAGAUUGACGGCAGAUUGAACAGGUCAUUCGUUUUCAGAAUCACUUUUUUCUCAAUAAAAGUAAUUUAUCAUUUCCA